GAAUAUGAAGAAUUUGAGAUUGAACUAGAGGAUGAUUUAGAUAAUGAAAAUGAACUAGAAGAUGAUUUAGCUAAUGAAAAUGAUCAAGAAAAUACUAAUGAGAAUGCAGAUAAAAAUACAGAUGAAAAUACAAGUCAAAAUAUGACUGAAUCUUCAGAUCUUAUCAAUUCUAAGAGAAAUUUAAAUCAUAUUAAAAGUUACAAAGUUCCUAAAGAUAAAUCUACUUUGACUUUAAGAAGCACAAUUGGUACUUUAUUAGAAAAUAAGAUUAUGCAUACCUGGUAUCAUUCUACUUUACAAAUAACAGCUUCCUGA